UGCUGCUGCAGCUGCUGGAGUUUCCGAAUGGAAGUUGAGCGUUUAUUCGUCUACAGAUACAAAACGGGUGCUUAAUUUUUUUAAUUAACACCAAACGGAGGAGUUCAGGUUCUUUCUUAAUCAGGACCGAGUGUGGGAAAACACUCCCCGUCCUCCUCCUCCGCCCUCCAACCCGGAGUCGGACUCAGCGGAGAUGAUCCGGUUGCAGGCCACAGCAACCGGAGCCCGCAUGGAUUUUCUGUAAUCAGUAGAGUUUGCAGAGCCCGUCCGGGGAUAACCGCAUCGUUUCGGGGUUAACUAGAAGAUUUCGGAGCCAUGAACAGCCACCCGCCGCCCCGCAGGGUUGCUAACGUCGGUUCCCUCCUCCUGACCCCGCAGGAGAACGAGUGCCUGUUCGGCUACCUGGGCAGGAAAUGCGCCACUCUGUGUUCGGCGGUGGUCCAGGUGUAUGGGGCCGAGCGGAGCGCCAGCUGGGCGAAGAGAUGCUGUGGAGUGGCCUGUCUGGUCAAAGACAACCCACAGAGGUCCUACUUCAUCAGAGUGUUUGACAUCAAGGAAGGGAAAACCAUGUUCGAACAGGAGCUGUACCACAGCUUCUCCAUCAGCAGCUCCAGGUCCUACUUCAUCUCGUUUGCAGGAGACACCUGUCAGAUCGGUCUGAAUUUUGCCAGUGAAGAAGAGGCCAAAAGAUUCAGAGUGGCCAUCAAUGACCUGCUCAACCGACGGCAACGCAAAACUGAGAAAAGAGGUGACCCUAAAAAUGGUCCAGCUCUGCCCAUGGCCACAGUGGACAUCAAAAACCCGGAGAUCAACAACGUCAGAUUCCACAACUCCCACAGCCACCAGCAGCCGUACCACCUCAACAACAUGCUGAGCCACAGCGGCCUGUCCCGUAAGGACAAGAAGACCAAAGGCAAGAAGAAGAAGCUGACCAAGGCCGACAUCGGCACACCCAGCAACUUCCAGCACAUCGGCCACGUGGGCUGGGAUCCAAACACAGGUUUUGAUCUGAACAACCUGGACCCUGAACUGAAGAACCUGUUCGACAUGUGCGGCAUCUCUGAGGCUCAGCUGAAGGACCGAGAGACGUCCAAGGUCAUCUACGACUUCAUCGAGAAGAAGGGAGGGGUGGAGGCUGUCAAGAACGAGCUGAGGAGGCAGGCGCCCCCUCCACCUCCUUCUCGUGGCGGACCACCUCCUCCUCCUCCACCACCACCCCACACCUCAGCUCCACCCCCUCCUCCCCCAUCCAGGGGGGGCCGUGGAGCCCCUCCUCCCCCUCCUCCGUCCAGAGCACCCGCCUCAGCGCCGCCUCCCCCACCUCCGUCCAGACCAGGAACUCUAGGUGCCCCGCCUCCCCCACCACCUCCCACCAGAGGUCACCAGCCCCCUCCUCCUCCCCACCAUCACCACCACCACCACCAGCCUCCGCCUCCUCCUCCAUCCUUCGCUCAUGCUUCCAUCUCCCCCCAAGCUCCACCCCCUCCACCCCCACCACUAGCCCAGCAGUCUCCAGUCAGCAGCGGUGGUGGCUCUGCUCCUGCUCCACCUCCCCCUCCUCCUCCUCCACCUCCACCGCCUGGCCCUCCACCCCCUCCAGAGCUGGACGGUGUGGGUGGAGGCGGAGACUCACCUCAUUCGCCGAGCCCAGGCGGGAAGUCAGCGCUGCUGGAGCAGAUCAGAGGAGGAACCCAGCUGAAGAAGGUGGAGCAGAACCACCGAGCACCGGCCUCCAGCACCGGACGAGACGCCCUGCUGGACCAGAUCCGACAGGGGAUCCAGCUCAAGACCGUGUCGGAUCAUCCGGAGUCCGGCCCUCCGACGCCGGCCCCCACCUCGGGCAUCGUCGGUGCUCUCAUGGAAGUGAUGCAGAAGAGGAGCAAAGCCAUCCAUUCCUCAGACGAAGACGAGGAUGACGACGAAGACGAGGACUUUGAGGAUGAUGAUGAGUGGGACGACUAGUGAUGACUCACCUGUCCACAGCUGGGGUAUCCCCCCCCCCACACCCCACACCUAUCGCUGACACUAAAAUAUCUUCUAAAAAUCUUCCAGAAUCUGACUAAAAUUGUAAUGUAAAUGUUGUAUGAAUUUUCUGUAUAUUUAUUUUUGCCUUUUUGCUUUUUUUUUUUUUUAUUAUGAUAAUUAAUCUGUGCAAUACCUCAUCCGUUAAAUCUGUAAUGUUUGUCACACACCCUCGCCGUUAAAGGCCCUCCACUUCCCCCCUGGGACAUCCUGUCAUUAGAGAGCACUUAAAUCUGUCAUCAGCACGAUGUGGCGACACAAGCCAGCUACAUUUCAUUAUCAGUAAUCAAUAAUAUAAAACACUAGCUGCUUCACUGAGAGGGAAAAUAUUUUUGUGUUCAUUUCUUCAUGUUUUCAUUCCUUAUUUGAGAAACGUAAAAGGGAGACGUACGUGCGACCAAACAGGCGGGAUCCUCUUUGUGUUUGAAAGCGGUCGGUUUAAAUGCGAGAUAACACUAUUUUCUUACUGUGCUUUUUUUUCAUACCUUCGAGUUUCCUAAUAAAUUGUAGUUUAGUCGUGUUAUUUUUUCAUAAAGACAUUCGUUGACCAAAUCAUGGGCGGCUCGGUCGCCUCACGCAGAUCUUCAGCUCUUAUUUUUUAUGUUAUUAAAGCCGUUUAUUUGCACAGUUUCUAUGAUAGUUCAGUUUUGUGUUUUCUGGGUGUGCGUUUGUCGAAAAUAAUUUUUAUUUUGUGUCUGGCAGGAUACAGUGACCAUGCACACUUUUUUUUUUUUUUUUUUUUUUUUUUUUUAAAGCUAAAGGUUUUGCGGUAUCGCAGCCUUUAAAUUGGAACCCAGACAUGACUGACGAUGUUUGAGUUAGCACAUUUCUUUGACUUAAUACAAAAUAUAUGUCUACACACACUUACUCACACACAGUGUGUGGCAUUUUGUGAAACAAUGGGAGUUUUGUUCUUAUGUCUGGUUGGUUUUUGUUGUGAUAUCAUUCCGUUAUUUUCUGCAGGUAGAAGCUUCAACAGCGCUCGGGUCAGUAUUUUAAACAAAUAUCAUGCCACAGAAAAAAAAGAACUAAAAUAAUAAUUUAAAAAAAUCAUCAUCCUUCCGUCCUUCAGUUAACAAACUAUAAUUUUAUGCAAUGCGACUGUAAAUGCCUCCUUAGGGAGACUAAUAAAAAAAAAAAAAGCAAAUAAUAAUGAACCAAAUGUGGCAUUUGCAAGCAGCUUGUGGGUUUGGCAACGCCUGUGAUCCUGAUCCUCUGUCUGUAAGCGGUGCAAAGAAAUAAUCAACGCUCGUUUUAACUGUUCGUCUUUAGAGUUUUUACCGUCCUCCGGCGAGGCUUAAUGCUGCAUCCAGAAGAGAAGCCGAGAUACUGACGUUGAACCUGUGAAAAGGGUCG